CCUUUCCCGCACAGUGCCCGGUUGUUCCCGGUUGUUCCCGGUUGUUCCCGGGAGGAGGCGGCUCUGGGGGGGGGGGGUGCCCUGUCCCCAUUCCAGAGGUGACAAAAGAGCCUUUUUCCUCCCUAUAGCUCCUUGUGUGUGGGGGGGAGGUUUGCCCCAAAUCCCAUUCCCGACAAGCACUGGAUCGUCCCUUGGGAAUUGGGGGGUGAAUGUGGGAUCCAGCCCCCCCCAGACUAAACGGGGGGAUCCCGAUGGAGGGAGAGGGGAGGGGGCCGCGCUUCCCGAUGCGGGAGAAGCUGCAGAUCCUGGAGGACCUCAACAUGCUUUAUAUCCGGCAGAUGGCCAUGAGCCUCCAGGACGCGGAGUCGCGGCGGCGCCUGGAGCGGGAGCUGCGGCUUCGGGACGGGGCGCGGCGGCUCCUGGGCGCCUGCAGCCGGCCCGAGCAGGCGCUGGGAGCGGCCAAGAGCCUCCUGCUCAGCUCCAGCCGCGUCCUGGCGCUCAGCGCCGAGCUCCAGCGCAGGAAACAGGCGCAGCUGAGGCCCGCCCCCUCAGCCACCGGCCCCUCGGAUGAGCGCGUCCCGUGCCGCGGCACCGUCUGCCUCUCGGACCUGCGCAUCCCGCUGAUGUGGAAGGACACGGAAUACUUCGGGAACAAGGGAGAGCUGCACCGCUGCGCCGUGUUCUGCCUCCUGCAGCUGGGGGCCGAGAUCCAGGACACCCCCCUGGUGCUGGUGGACCGGACCCUCACCGACAUCUGCUUCGAGGGCGCCGUCCUCUUCCCGGACGCGGGCCCUGACUUCGAGCUGCGCUUGGAGCUGUACGGGGCGGCGCUGGGGGGGUGCCCCCCCCGCAGCCUGGCCACGCGGCUCAGCACCUCCCUGGGCCGCUCGGCCGGGCGCCGCCUGCGCGGGCACUUGGAGGGGGGCGACGGCGACGGGGGCGCGGCCCCGCUACUGCCCCACGGCGCCCCGGGUCCCCGGUUCCAGCUCCUGGCUCACGCGGUGCUGUCCCUGGCCGAGGUGCAGGAUGGGUUCCGCACCCACGACCUCAGCAUCGCCUCCAACGAGGACAGCCCGUGCCUGGUCCCGCUCUACGGCAGCGUCUGCUGCCGCCUCACGGCGCAGCCCCGGUGCAUGGCCCGGCCCGGGAGCAGCGGUACCCUGCGGCUGGAGGGCACGGAGCUGCGCUGCCACCAGCACCCGGGGCAGCCCCAGCGCGGCGCCGAGCCCGAGCUCAUCAUCGCCGUCAACAAGGAGACGCGGGUGCGGGCGCUGGAGCGGGGGGCUCAGGGGCUGCCCCUGGCCUUGGCCGUCACCAACCGGCUUGGGGGGGAGGACGUGACCCACACGCUGGUGGCCGAGAGCGCGGCCGAGGCGCAGCGCUGGAUGGAGGCCUUCAGCCAGCACUUCUAUGACAUCAGCUGCUGGCAGCAGUGCUGUGAGGAGCUGAUGCGCAUCGAGGUGCCGCAGCCGCGCCGGGCACCUGCAGUGCUGCCGCGCCAGGGCUCCCUCUACCAUGAGCUGGCCCUGGACCCAUCGGAGGACGCGGUGGCGGCGAUGCUGGAGCCCGGGACCCCCCCUUGGCUCUCGCUCUUCGAGGGCCCCCCCCCGAGCUCCCCCCAGCCCCAGCGCGGGGGCAGCCCCGCCCCCCCCCCCCGGCCCCGGCCCCGCAGCCUCUCGCUGGACGCGCGGCUCAGCCCCCCCCAGAGCCGGGUGUGA